CGAUGGCAUUCCUUAGAAAGACGUGCUUCGUGACGAUAACUGUGUUGAGAUACUGUCUAGGUUACGUUCUGUGGUCUCUGGCUCAUCGCCCUUGGAGAACAUCAUUCAGCUUAUUUCUGCUGCUGUCAUCAUCUUCGAACACUCUUUCAAUAUUUUCGACAAGCGGCGCUAUCUUCAGGACCUGCAAAAGUCUGAUCCCUCUUUUUAUGUCGCUCUGGAGCAGUACAUGCCAUCUCUAUAUGCAGCUACUGUCAGGGAAGCUGUGAUCGCUGCCGUCCAGGCAUAUAAACAAGCUGUGGCCGCAGCUGCCCGCGCAUAUGAAGAUGCCGUAGCUACUGCCGCCCACGCAUAUGACGAAGCUAUUAGGACUGCUGUCUAUCCACGUCGACCUACUUGGACGGCGAAGUUACCAUUUGAAUCGUCCAAGAGGAAGGCAAAAGAAGCUUUCGAGCGCUCUCAGGAGGAGAAAAAAGCUUUUGAGCGCUUCAAACAGAUGGAGAAAGAAUCCAUUGAACGCUC